CCACCAGCCUGAACACACAACAGUGACAAAGACAAGGACCAUCAAUGAAACUGAGAGGCUCGAAUUAGCAGGUCACUGGUGGAGCCUGGUGCUGCUGAGUGAUGGAGCUGAAGGUGUGGGUGGAGGGUGUGGUCAGAGUGGUUUGUGGCGUAUCACGAAGCACUUCCUGUCAGGACGUCGUGAUAGCUCUUGCACAAGCAAUUGGUCAGACUGGUCGUUACAUUCUUAUCUUGAAGCUACGAGAGAAUGAGAAACAUCUGGUUGCCGAUGACUGUCCCCUGCAGCAUCUGGCUCAGCUGGGACAGCUGGCUCCAGAGGUCCAGUUCAUUCUGCGGCGGACCGGUCCCAGCCUCAGUGAUGGACAGAACACAUCAACCAUAGAGAGACAUAUUCCCCUACCCAGACCAUCAGAACCAGAGCCCCCCAAAUACAGAGGACCACACAAGGCUCUCACCUUCAAUCUGGGUCCCUCAACACUUCCCAGGAGGACUAAACCAAAUAGGGCCUGGUCUCCAUCGCCUAGGGCAUCCCCAGAACCACGAGCGUCCCCUGUCUCUUUCCUAGACGCUCCCAACUCUGUGAAAGCUGUCCCCUCUUACCCCUUCAAAGAGGAAGUGUUCAGGCAGAUUCUGCAGCAACAGAGGAGGUUACAAGACCUGGAGAUUCAGAUUCAAGCUCUGGAAAGGGAAACAGAGGUGUGGGAGCAGGAGAGGUCAUCCGCUGUGGUUCCAAUCCUGAAUCAGGACCUUACAGAGGAACUGGAGGAACUGGAGCAGCAGCUGAGGCAGAACGAGGCAGAGCUGAUGCACAGAGCACACUGGGAGGAACAGUUACAGGCAGAGCUGGACAGAGAGGAAGAUAUGCACAGACACCUACACCAGAUACACUCAUCAAUGGAUGAUCACAACAAUCAGAUCAAGGAGCUCCAGGCCCGUUCUGCACAUGUAGAACAGGACAUACAACUCACAGCCCACAAACUAAGCUCUGCAGUGAGUCAGCAGCAGGAGGAGGCCCUGGGGCCCCUGAGGCAGGAGCUCCACAACCGCCUGCAGCAGGGAGAAAAACUGAAUGCAACGGCAUCAGAGACACAGAGGGAGCUUCAGACUGCAGCAGGAAUACUACAGGACAGAUGGCAGCUGGUUGAGGAGCUGAAUAAGGAGCUGAGGCAGUGUAACCUGCAGCAGUUCAUCCAGCAGACUGGUGGUGCCAACAACGACCAGACAAACUCGCUGCCUAUCACUGAAGUUUACCUCAGCAACGCCGGUAUCAUGGAGUAGGAGCAGCUGAAACCCUCACUGACAUGGACUAGAAGAGAAAAAAGUUCUCAGAGUCUGAAAACCCAAAGACAGUCCAGACCUUAUUCUGUGUGUGUGUGUGUGUGUGUGUGUGUGUGUGUGUGUGUGUGU